UGCGGUUGCGGGAUGCUGGUCUUUAUACUGUCAUGUAUCAUUGCACUGCUGUCUGCUGCAGUCAUCGGAUUGGCCGCCGGGACAGGAAUCGAGUCACAACGCGCAAACGAUGCUACGAGCAAGAUAUCAGCCCUGAGGACCCCAACUGCAUCGUCCACUACCAAACCCGGCGGUGCCUCAGAAACGCCGCUUCCUCCUGGCUUGAUCGAUGAUGGAUGUGCGGACAACCCCGAAUCAGUCAGUGGAUCCAAAUACACGUCCUUUUCUUUAUUCGGUGGACUCACAUUCCAGAGGUUUUGUAACAUGGAUACUCCAUAUCAACCGCUGCUGUCGCUAUUCACCGCCGAUUUUCAGGCCUGCAUGGAUAGCUGCGCCUCAUACACCAAAUACUCGCCAACCUUCUUUGGAAACAAUGUCAACACGACGUGUGCGGCCGUCAGUUUCGUCCCGGCGUGGUCGAGCAAAUUGAAUGCAAGCAGCGCAGGGUCGCCAGGGAAUUGCUACCUCAAGCCAGGGCCGCAAAACGAAUCGGCCCUCGUCGUUCCGAGCAUCGAUGUUGCAUGCCAUGCCGCCGUUCUCAUGAAUGCUAGCUGA